CCAUUCAGUCAAUGAGUAGCGUUUGUCGGUGAAGGUUCGUACGAAACGGAUUUUUUUCUGUUCGAAUAGAAAUACAAAUUUGUUCAAGUGAGUAGUGAUCAAAACAACCGAAAUCACCAAAAUUUUUGAUAGACAUUUCAUUCAAAGUGUGCGUGUGUUUUAAUGUGAAUCGAUUGAAAUAACAAAAGUUUUUUUUUUUCGAGACACAAAAAAUUGUUCGUUAUUAUGAACAAAAUUUGAAGAAGAAAAAAGUCAAAAUCGCAUCAGUUUAUCAUCAAAAUUAUGCUAUCGACUUUUCGGUUGAAUUUGCAUACGAUGAAUAAAUAGAUUCGAUGACGAUCGCCUUCGAUGGGCCUGGCAAUGAGAGUAAAAGAGCAUGAGAAUGAAAGAGUGGGAGAAUGAUAGAGAUAAGGAGCGAAACGGAUCCAUGUAAGACGAAGCACGAGGGUCUGAGAGAGAGAGAAAGAGAGUAAGAGAGGCCAAAAGAGCAACAGAACAAGAGAGCAAAAAACGAGACUGGACACCAGAAAGCCGCGUGAGGAAAAUUUCCAUCGAAAGUAUCGAGAACGAGAGGCCUCGUUGGACGUGAGAAGUUAGAAAAAUGUGUCUAAUUCGGUUUUUUCAACAAUAACCAAUCGUUUAUUAUCAAAUGCUAAAAAUAGAGACAAAUUGUGAGCUUCAAAAUUCGCUUCAAUUGAAUUCGAGAGCUAUAAAUUCUCGUGCACACAACACCAACACCAACAGCAACAACAGAGGGGAAAAAAGGUUAAGAAUCGCGAGUGAAACGACAUUGCGAUACUGUGUUAAAGUGUGAAAUAAUAAAAAAAAGGCAAACGAAAAUAAAGUGAAUUAAGCAAUUACCCAUGAGCAAACAAAGGAAUCGUGCGUAGUGUGUUCCUUUCGACGACAGCAGAAUUCAAUCGAAGAAGUUCUCUUGAACAAGUGCUUGUGUUUCGUACGACUUUAUUUGACGCGCCCGCGCGCUCGUCUCAAUUGAACAAGCGAUAAAUGAACUAACGAACCGAAACCAACCGACCGUAAAGGAAAAAAAAGUGCCGGGUGAAAAGAAGCAAAAAAAUAAAAACGAUCGUAUAAACAAUUACGAAAAAUCCAUUUAGGUUUCAUGUUUCCAUUGGUAUCAAACAUGUCUCAUUACGUGCCGUUGUUCAAAAAACACUUCUAUUGUCGACGCACCGCAAACGCCACCGCCACCGCCGUCAUCGUCGCAUUCUACCUAUAUUCUCAUUGAAAGCCCGCCACUGCCGAGCCGAUAUGAGCUUGUGCGUAAUGUAAGAUAGAUCGAGCGAGCGAGCAAGAGAUAGAACGUGCGACUGAGUGUGUGUGGAGUGAGUGUUGUGUAUACUAUUUGCCGACUUCGAUUUGUUCGCGUUCGAUGUGCUUUUUUUCUGUGGUUGCCCGAACAAUUCUUGUGAAACAAUCGCAAUAAAUAUAUCUAGGAAUAAAUAACGAAACAAAACUCAACCGUUGUGAAAAUCGAUCGUAUUUCGAAUCAGAAAAAAAAGAGUGACAUUUUCUCUGCCCCUCUGCACCAAGGAAAGAAAAAAAAAACAACAAAACAGAAGAAAAAAAUCGCAGGGGCUCAGCCGCGUAUGAGUUUGUAUAUAUUUGCGUAAUAAAUAUCGCACAGCGAGCACAAAACAACGACCGAGAGGAUCGACAGACCGAAAAUAGACACACAAAAAAAAAACAAACGAAUACACAAUGGAUAUAAAUUUGGAACGAGAUGGAGGUGUCAUUGGCACACUAUUCCAACAAAUUAUCAACGAUAUGAAGAACACGAGCCCGCUAUGGGAAGAUUUUAUGGCCAAAGCGAAUAAGCUGCAUGUGUGCUUACGUGCUACGAUCCAAGCCAUUUCAGCCUAUUUGGAUGCGUUCCAGAAAAUUGCAGACGCUGCCACCAACUCAAGAGGCGCAUCCAAGGAAAUUGGUACAGCAUUGACUCGUGUAUGUUUGCGGCACAAAGCGGUGGAAACGCGCAUGAAAAGCUUCACAACUGCCAUUAUGGACUGUCUGAUUUUGCCAUUGCAGGAUAAAGUUGAAGAUUGGAAGCGUCAAGUGGCUGUCAUUGAUAAAGAGCAUGCAAAAGAGUAUAAACGUUGUCGUGCCGAAUUGAAAAAACGUUCAACCGAUACGUUGCGUUUGCAGAAGAAGGCGAAAAAAGGGCAAUCCGAUUCGAUACAAAGUUUAGUGGAAUCAUCAAUGCAUGACAUAACACAGCGUAAAGCCGACUUAGAGGAGGUGGAACGGCGUUCAUUGCGCGCGGCCAUGAUCGAAGAGCGAACACGAUUCUGUACGUUUGUCAAUUUAUUGCAGCCGGUGGUAAAAGAGGAAUUCGAAGUAAUGUAUGAACUAGGUCAUUUACAAGAGGCUAUGGAAACGAUAACAAAUGUCACGAAAAAUCCAAACAUUUUACCGCAAGCGUCCGAGGAGUUGAUUCUCGAAACAAAAACAUCGGCAUCAUUCUUGUAUCCCGAAUCGCCGGGCGGUUCGCAUGGCUACUCAAAUUCGCUGGGCUCACGAAAGAGUUCCGUAUGCUCAAUCAGUUCGAUCAAUUCAAGCGGUUCAAGCAAUUCACCCGGAAUGCCGUACCAAAGAUCUCUUUCGCAGUUAAUGACACCUGCAAUACGCUUAAAACCAGGCGAAUCUAGUGAUAGUGGCUUUUGCUCAUCGCCGGCGCUUACAUCACAGGCAUCAACAACAACAAAUCAAACACAUGCCGUAUCAACAUGGCCACCACAUUCACAGGAUCCAGUCACAUCGCUCGAUCGACCGCACACAAUAUCAACAGCUUAUGAAAAGGGACAUCAACGGCCACCGCUCACUGUUUACACAUUUCAAAAUCCAGAUGGAUCAACCACUACCGAACAGCAGCCGGUUCAAAAGUCCCCUGCUAACGUGGCUUGUCGUCCACCUUUGCCUGUGAGAUGCUCAUCGCUCGAACGGCCAUUGUCAUCAUCAACAGCCGGUGCUCGGAAUCAAACAAUGCAUAACAUGAGACAUUCACCAUCGCCAUUACCAGCGCACAUCACAAAAGAAUAUCCAAUAAUUCAACCGACUUAUGUUAAUAUGAGUGAAUUGGCAACGAUGGCCGCUCUAAAAAUCACUAAUUCGAUCAAUCAACACUAUCAGCAACAAAAUCAAGAGCCAUUAACACCGAUCCAAUCAAACACUCCAACUAUGCCAUUUUCAGCGCAAUCACCACAAUCCGAUUCAUCGUCCGUAACAACCACCAAUAACAAUUUGACCGCCACCACAAAUACCAACACAAAUAACACCAACACCAACAAUUCCAUGACCACAAACCCGGAAUCACCAUUGUCCACCGCCACCGAUGAUACACUGUCACGUCAAGCGUCCGUUGAUGCGGCACCCUUUUCAUCCAUUGACUACGAUGAUUGUGCUAUACACGAUACAAAUCCAACAUCCUUGUCAUCGUCCACAUCAGCUAAUAAUUCAAUUGGAGUAAUUGGCGGUAGCGAGGAUGUAGACGAUUACAAAAGUACUGGUUCUGUUUUAGAAAAAUUGUCAUUGUUCGAGAAAUUGGAGCAGCGUCAAGCGGCGAGUACAGCAGCGGCUGCGGCUGCGGCAGCUGUGGCCAAUGCAGCAGCACUGGCCAAAACCAAUUCGAUCACAUCGUCAACGGGAGCUAUAAAUGAAAUAACAGCUGCAUCACCCGCAUCAAAUGCCAGACGCAACGAUGACCUAUCCAAAUCCAUUCGAUCGAUUGACAAAGAUCCAGGCCAAAUGUAUGAGGAUUCAAUUCAGGAGCUAAACAAUUUGAUUGGCGAAUUGGAUACGUUUCAACGUGAACAUGAGCAGAAAAUGAAGCAGAAACAGCGUGAGAAACAGCAGCAAAAGCAAGCAAAGCCACUGGCUAAUGGCCAUGAUGUGCACAAUACAACGGGCGACACCACAUUGACGGCAUCAUCAAUCGGCGAUAUCAGUGAUAUUUAUAAUAAUUUUGAUAAGCUAUCGAUCGGCAGCAGUGAUCCAAAUCCAUUGAUGUGUUCAACAGUGAGUGAAAUGACAUUCGGUAGCGACGGGUUAAAUGAUUUAACCGAUUGUCAAGCGACAACAAUGUCGCUGAAAUUGAAUUUAUCCACCACCGAACAUCCGUUGAUCAUGCACAGCAGCUCGAACAGCCUUAGCGGUGGCGGCACCGCCGCAGUGAAUGGUACCUCAUCGAUGCUGAACAGUACGAGCAGUUUGAAUGGAUCGACCGUGGCACGAAAUAUCGAAUUAAUACCAGACAGUUACAAUGUUAGCGAUGAUUAUGUCAAAGAGCACACGGAAAUUGUGGUUCUGCGACGCAAAGACAGUUUAAAUGAUCUGAGCAAUGGCAGCGUACCAGAGCGCAAUCCAAGUGUUAACGGCAGCCCAAAUGUUAAUGGAAAUGGUAAAGAUGUCGAACGCAUCAGUUCAUUUCGAUGUUCGAGUUUUGCGAAAAAUGAACCAUCCAGCCCAGAUGGCAAGGCGACUACACUGAAACGUGGACAAUCGAUCAGUUCAGCCGAUUCGGUGCGAUAUCAUUAUGAGUAUGGCACAACCAAUGGCACAGAUGUGAUGGAUCAAGAUGUGGUCGAUUCAUUGGAUAACGAUCACUCGGCCACACAGAUGAUUCGACAAAAACCCAUCAUCACACCACGACCCGCUUCAUUGUCUGGCUGCGUGAAUCGAAACACAUCGCGACGAACGGCAAAUAGCGUUAAACCACCGCCACCAGUUAGACGAAGCUCAAGCGUUACUCCAAGCCAUCAAAUUGAUACGGUACAUUCGCCAUUACAACCAAACGUGAUGAAUGCAUCGUCGGAAAGUUUGCCACCGCCACCGGCCUAUUUGCUCGAUUCAACUGGACGCACAUCGCCUGGCAAAGUUGGAGAAACUGUGAAAGCGUUGACCGAACUGAAUCACAUGCCAGCCAGCCCAAGCGUUCUUAGAAGGAACAUGAGCCCGGCCUCACCACAGUCUAUCUAUUCGACCUCAAACCAAUCGUCACCGACACAUCAUCACCACAACCAACCACCGUCACAACAACAACAACACAAUCCAUUUUAUAGUAGUGGCCCACAAAAAACCGACUACUACACGACCAACCAAACCAAACAGUCCCAAUCCAUUUACAGUACAUUACAACCAUCACACUCAUCACACUCUUCUGAACAAUCGCCGUCAUCAUUGCCAAUCUAUUUAUCAACUCGUCAGAUGCAGAGUGGCAUUUAUGCACAACCAAAACAUCUAACUAAAGUAUCCAGUUUCCGAAAUGCUAGUCCAAAUUCUGCUCGAAAUCAGCCCGGCACUCGAGUUAUAACGCAGUUAAACACGACUCGAGUUAGUGAUAUGCAUCAACAAGUUGCACCGCCGAUCGUACAAGCCAAGCCUACGUCACAUGCGCAUGCAAAUCAAAAAAUCUAUGCACAAAGUUCAUACCAUCAUCAUCCCAUACAAUCACCUCCCACACAUAAUUCCGAUCAUUCGUACCAACAAAAUCAUGAAGCGAAAGCGCCCAAACCCACCAAACCCGAACGAAUCUAUACAAGCGCUGCUGACCGAAACUAUCACUAUCAGCAACUGCACCAUCAGCAGCACCCGCAUCAACAGCAGCAGCAGCAGCAGCAACAACAACAACAACAACAUCACCAUCACCAACAGCACAAUCAACAUGCACCCGCGGCAAUGUCAAACGAUGGGCCAUAUCCAAAUCAUCAUCAACAGCAUCAGCAACCAUCACCCCAUCAUCGUCAUUACAAUGUACAACAGAAAAUUUAUGUAUCAACAAAUCCCUUUAUCACAACUCACACAACAUCACACUAUUCGCCGACGAGUUUCGGCAAAGAAUCCGCGACGUAUGCAACUUUGCCUCCAACAACGACCUCAAACUAUUCGUCAUCGAAUUAUGAGAGCAACAAUUCGAUUAGAGCUAAAUCAAAACUAGGAUUUUUAGAAAAUUUAAAUGCUAAAUUAGCGGAACAAAGACUGUCCGGCAAGGCAUUUGCUGUGAGGAAUAUUAUCAACAGCAAAGCAUUGAAAAGAGUUGACGGUAGCAGAAGUCAAAUACCAGUGGCUAAUUCAAAUAAUUAUGCAAAUUGCGAUGAGCCGGACCCAAGAGUUUGUCAUGAGUCGCUGAUGGAUCAAAUCAAGCGUGGCGCGCCGCUCAAACGAAAUAAAUCAAUCAACGAUCGUAGCGCACCGAAAAUUUACUAAAACAAAAACACCCACACACACACACACAACCCCUUCGAAUGUCGUUAUAUUUAUUGAAUAUUGUUCAUAAUAAUUGUCUGCGUGUGUCGUCAUUGAAUCUUUAAUUGGAUCGUAGGCGCGUGCAAAAAUGUUCUACAGCAAAAUUUGGAAGGAGAUUUGGUUCAUUGAGAAGGAAACGUUGGCAUUUUUCGUCUGUUCGAGCAGAGAUUUUGAUAAGGAGAAAAAACAAUCUCUCUGGUGAAGAGAAUCCCGAAAGCAACCAUCAAAAGAAGGGAGAAACAAGAGACGACGAUCGACGAAGGAAUACAUGAUCGCAAAAAUUAAAAGCAAGAGCGCAAACAAAUGCUGGUUCUGAAUUCUAAUGUGACGCAUACAAUAAUUUCCACCAACCAUGGUUUAUAUAAUUAUCAUUAGUGAGACGAGUAAAUAAGUACCACAUAAAACUACGUUUAGACAUCAUAAUCAACACACCCACACACCUACACUCAUAUCCACGAAAUUAAAGGGGAAAAAAGCACAACAUAAUCUCAUCAUAUAAUGCAGCCAGCGAUAGCUGUCUCGCUUUCGAACAUAUUUUCGCUGUGGUUUUUUUCAUUGACCUAUUUGAGAGAAUAAUUUAGGUGUAAAAACAAAUUGUUUAAUUUAAUUUGCAGGUCAUUUUCAUAGCUAACCAACAAAAUCUUAUUGUUCAAAUCAAAAUUCAAUUUCUGUACUUCAAUUGUAUCGUUGAUUAGAUUACGAAAUAAAACAAAAAUAAACGAAAAA